AAAUUAUAGAAGAAAGCUUAAUGUGUUCAAAGCAUAUAAAAAACCUAUUGAAACAGAAUAUUAUAUUAUAAAAAGAUCUUAUGGUAUUGUUUCAUAUAAAAGAGAAAUAGAUGCAUUAAUUUCAUUGAAAGAUGCAAAGAAUAUUAUGCGAAUUGUAGAUUAUGAUUCAUAUAAGAUGGUUGUUAUUGGUGAAUAUGGACUAUAUGAUUUAGAAACUUUUUUCAAACAUCAGACAUGGACUCAAAGACAAGCAGAAAAGGUGCCAAUAAUAAAAGACAUUGUAGCUGCAUUGUCUGAAUAUCAACAUCAUAAUAUAG